AUGAGGACACGAAGAGGCACCGAGACGACUGGCGCCCCGGAUUCCCCGUCAAAACAUGCCAGCAAAAGUGAAGGAACACCUACUAGAACACGACGUACGACUCAAAAUUCGGAAGUUGACGCCGAUGUUGACAUUAAGGACGUGAAACCUAUUAUAAAAGCCGAGCAAAGCGCCGCUACUUCCGAUACACAAUCACCCGCAUCACGCAGGGUCCAACGCACGCCUCGUCACGGCAGCCCACCGAAGGAGUUGGCGGUUCAGAGCCCAAGACGGCAGAGGAAUAUUUCGGAAAAUCGACCUGCCGUAGAGAACAUGGAAUCUAAUUUAAAGGCGGCGAAAAAUGUUGUCGAGAAGCCGAUAAAGGAAAAAUCUCCGAUGAAAAGCCCGGCUCGCCAACGCAAUGAUAGCACCACCGAAUCGCUGGCCAGCGAGCGAUCAGCGCGAAAGAGACGGCGCCCGGCUGGUUUUGAUGACUACGUCCAUUUCGACAUGCACAAGGGCACCCGUGAUCGCCAGUCCGAGUCGCAGGAGGAUAAUGUGAAAAUUGCGGAAGAGAUGGUUGAAGCGUUCGAAGCGGAGGUUGUUGUCGAUGAUCUGGAGUACAGUGAGGAGCAAACGAUCGAGACGAUCGAAGAGAUUUCGGUCUCCGCCGCUCCGGUCCCGCUUCCUCCGAUCCCACGUGGCUUCCCAGCAAACCAGCGGAAUAUUCCUGAUCUCGAAAAUCGGCCGGGACCCAGUGGGCAAGCGCAGCGCGCAUAUAGAGUCCCUCCUCCAAGAAAACCGAAUCAAGCGCCGAUGUCGUCAAGACCGCAACAACAUCCACAAAUUCGUGCUCCACCACCACGUAACAGCCAGCCGCCACCUCGCGUUCCUCGAGAUGCCACAAUGUUCUCCGGCCGGCCCGGCGAAAUACUUGUCGAUAUGGAUGUGGCGAUGGGGGAAAGCGUGGAUGUUGUCGCAACGAGCCCGGUGCCCAAGAAGGCCGUCGUCAUCAACAAGCGAGGGCCUCGAGAUCAAUUGCCCGAAUAUUCACGCACGGCCGCCCAGUCAUCAUCUUCGCAGCCUCCCCGAGCUGCCCCAAUGCUGGUUGCCGGCCCGCCUCGAAUCAGCGCAGCAACCUUCCCCAAGCCUCCUGCCGGCUCCCAGAUGCUUCAAACCUCAGUGGGUAGCAAGGCAACCGCAAGGCCGCCUCCGACCAGACCAGUCCCCCCUCGCCAAGAACAAGCUUCAUCACCACCACCCCGCACUCGCCCCCACACGGUCGGCUCUCAAAAUGCCUCUAGCAGCCGGGCAACUCCACAAAGGACAACUCAGGGCGAAGAAAUCGAGGAGAAGCUGAUUGUGGAGAUUAACAACCAGCCGAUUAUUUUGGAGAAACUGGUCAUCAGCGACGAUGACGGUCCGCGAGAAGUCUAUGGAAUGUACACUGAAAACGGCAAAUUGAUUGGCUUUGGCGAUCUCGACGACGCCGGCGAGUUUGUGCAAGAAAUCGAUCUGGACGAUGCCGGUGAUGCCCUGCAGAUUGUUGAAGACGAUAUGCCGGUCGGGGAUGCAUUGAAGGCCGAUUUGAAGAAGGAGCGGACAGCCGGCGAAGCAUCAGCUGCAGCAAAUGCUGCCGAAAAUGCCGAAAAUGGCGAUAAUGACGAAGACGAGGGCCCGCCUUGCCUUGAGCCGGAAGUAGCAGAAGCCGAACCUCCGCCAGUCCCUGCCGCUGAUGCCCAUUUCGACGAAGAUCUCGGCUACCAAGUGCCCGGCGAAAUGAUGGGCGAGGACGGUUUUGUGGAAGAUGAUGAUAUGAACUACGCAGAGGAUGACGAAAACGCGAUGGGCAACGAGAAUGACGUGCGGACGGUCGAGUUCAACUUUUUGGACAAAAACAACAUCUGCUGCGGCCUUUGCGGCGACAUCGUUCCCGAAGAACUUCUGAUGACUGAACACUUGCCAAAUGUCCAUCCUGAUGUACUCGGUGAAGGGGCCCAAGACCUCGAAGAGAUCCCCUACGACACGUGGCUUCGCGACAAGAUCCUCAGCGAGAAGCGCUCGAUGGAGAGUGGCUUCCGAACGGCAAACCCGUACGCCAGCUACAUGUCCCGGACCGUGAAGAAGAUUUCGCAGGUCCGUGUCGAAAAACUGGGCCGCCGCGUCCCUGUGACGCUCGUCGACAAGCUGCACGCCCGCUGCGGCCUCUGCGGCUCGAUCCUGUCGCUGAACAAGAAGUUUGAGAUCAUGCACCUCGUCCGGCACUUCAACGCCUGGCACCCCACGGUCCAUCGAUGCGCCGGGACUUGGCAAUCCAAAGCCCCGCAACCCGGAAAUGGCAAGCCGUUGAGUCUGCAGGAUUUUGCGGUGGUUGACGCGGCGAUGGAUGCGAUUGAUGGGCUUCAGUGUAUAUGGUGUGGGAUGUUCAUGAGCAAAUCGUCGCUUGCCAUGCAUUUUCACGAGGUUCACGCCGAAGACAUCGAAGUCCCAAAUUGCCGCCUUUGCAUUGAGGAACUCGUCGUCAACGCCCGCCUGCGCGAAACCUACAUGGAAGACUUCGAGGUGACGAUGCCCGACGAGAAGCACUACGAGUGCCGCAAGUUCAACAUCAAGGCCAAGUCCGAGGACAAGCUCAACCGGGCCAUCAACAAGAAGCUCUCCCAGCAGGCUGGGGAGUUUGACGAGGAGGAUGAGGAGGAAGAGGAAGACGAGGAGGCCAAGCCGCAGAUGAACAGCCGGAUGCAGUACGGGCGGCGGAACAAGCCGAAGCGGACGUUUGUGAUGCCGGCUUAUAGACAAACCCACCCUUCCCCGGAUUCUGAAUUUGUCGAAGCCCUGACGGACACGCAGUGGCGCUGCCGGAAAUGCGGCUUUAUCAUCAUGGCGGCAGUGAUGUCGGCAGGUGCCAUCCUGCACUACAAGAAAUGCCACCCGGACGAGCAGGAGAAGCUGCGCUACGAGUUGUGCAAGGUCCGCCUUGAGCACAUCUCCGACGGCUGUAUGGAGUUCAUCCACUCGCAGCUCAUCGAGUGCCUGAUGUGCCACAUUUCGUUUGCCCUCCAUCGGCCCUAUAAUAUGUGCCGCGCCAUCCGCCAUCUCCAGAAGAAGCACCCGGAAAUGAUGCCCGAAACUCAGCAAGGCCGACAGCCCGGAUACUCCCUAGCCAAUGUAGAGGUCCCCGCGCAAAAUGACCAUGUCGAGAAUUGCAUGCUACUCAGUGUUCAAGUCGAUGCUCAAGUUCAAGCUCAAUUCCAGAACCAGGAGAAGCUGCACAGGAACCCGGCCGAGGAGGAGGACGAGGACGAGGGGUUGCUGUCGGAGGCGGACAUAAGCCGGUUGAGGAUGAUGACGCACGAGCAUUUUACGGAGAUUCGCAUCAUUGGCAGCGACUUGGUGCAGUUGUGGCACAACGGCAACAUUGUCGGCCAGCACUCCCUGGCGGAAGUGCUGCGCUACCGCAAUGGGGGUCUUCAGAAUGACGGCCCGAUGCACGUCGAAGAGUACGCGGCCGAGGAGUAUGCCGUCGAGGAGGAAGUGAUAUCUGUCGACGAAAUGAUGAAGCCGUCAACUUCGGAAGAAGUCAUAGAGCUCGACGAGGCCGAAUACUUUGACGACCCGGAAGCUCCAGUUCCGCACGAAGAAGGCGCCCUGUUCCGUCGACUCUACGAAGAGGCCAAGUACAACGAGCUGCAGACGAACCGGCGGCUCCGCGGCGCUCCGCCCGGCUACCAACGUCGUGUCGUCCAGAUGGCCGAGGAUGACUACAGGGUUCUAGAAUAUUUCGUCCCCGACGGGUCCUACGAGAUGCUUGUCUCCCAGCCGAAGCUCCAGAAAAAUGCU